AAUUAGCACGAGAAUCAGACCGCCAACACCAGUCGAGGAGAGGGUGUUUAUCGUCCCAGUCAUAUUUUUUGCAUUUCGUUGUUUCUGAGGUCCAACCAUGCAAAUCCAAGCCGCUGUGUUACUGUGCGUGCUGGGUAUGACAGUAGGAAAGUUCAGCCAGUCGACCUUCAAGAGCGAGAUCGUGAACGAGCAUAAUGACAAAAGGAAGGGAGAACCAGCUAGGAACAUGAAGAUGAUGAAAUGGAGCGAUAAGUUAGCAGGCUAUGGCCAAGCCUGGGCUAACAAAUGUAGAUUUGCUCACGGUCAACCAUCAGAGGCCAAAGGUGAAGGUCCUAUCGGGCAAAACCUGUAUGCUUCCUGGGGAAGAGGUGUAACUCACGUGGGCAAGAGUGCAGUCAAAGCGUGGUUUGGCGAGAAGAACGAUUAUCACUUCUCAUCGAUGAAAUGUAACCCUGGCAAGAUGUGUGGACAUUAUACCCAGGUUGUUUGGGCCAAAUCAACAGAGGUUGGCUGCGGUUACAAGCACUGUCCAGACGGCAUGGAUAUUGUCGUCUGCAACUACCAGCCAGCGGGGAACUACAUCGGCGAGCAUCCAUACGAGACAUAAUCCGUUAGUACUGUAAUCAUUCUCAGAACAAAUGUUAGAUAAUUUAAAAUAGAA